CGUUACGGCAAAACGUUUAUGAAACGGUUUUGAAACCAAUGUGUGCUGCCUGGGUACUUCAUGAGGAAGGAUGCUUUAUCUACAUCUACAUGCAAUGAUAGAGACUUUGUUUUUCCGUAUCGUAUCGAUUUAGGAUUUCACAUUGCUUAAUUUUCGAUUAGCAAAUGUCCUGUACAUGGACGAACGAAGAAAAAGAGAACGGCAAGUGUCGCGCAGGGCAGGACGACACGCUUGCGCAACGUUGUGCCAGUGGUUCUCCAUGAGCGGGACGCGAUAGCAACCACGUCAUUCGUCGCGCGUCUUUCGAGCGCGACUGUCGGCGGGUCCGCACGCGGGGGCGCGUAUCACGUAUGCCUUUCGCGCGCCGCGGACCACGUGGUAUCCCGCGGGCCGAGUCGAUUCUCGAUCCGACGAACUUCGAGGGGCAGCGCGCGACUUUCGAAAUCUUCACGCGCGUUCGUCGCGCUCACAGAUAGAUCGCAGAUACAGAUCGUCCUUGUGAAAGAAAAAUUCUGCACGCGAACGAAUACGAACGGACCGCACGAAAUUCGAGUUUCCUGAGGUGAGUGCGGUCCGCGCGCGGUGAUAUGCCGGUGAGGAGCCGCUAUUGAUUCUCCCGUCCACGUUCAAGUGCGGUGCCAAGUGCGGUGAUAUGUCCAGGAGAAAGCAGGCGAAGCCUCGAUCUCUCAAACGGGACGAAGAGUGGGAUGACGGCAACGAGCAGAAUGUCCUGGAAGCGGCCGAACAGGAUAACGAAACGACGGCGAUUAAGCAGGACGACGAGGAGGAAGAGGAAGAGGAGGAGUUGCAGCGGGCGUUCAGCCGUCAGUCAGAAGAUUACCUGCAGGAUGGCAGACUUACUUCCGUCCAAGGUCCUGAUCUAGAGAAUCAGAACAGCCUCGACAGCGAGGCCCUAGGAACCGGAAGUUCUUCGUGGCACAGCGAGGAUGGCGGACCCAACUCGCGGCGCGGCGGCGAGACUCCGUCCUCGUGCGCGACUCCAACAUCCGCGAGCUUCCCGUCGGAGCCCGAGGUCGACGCCGAGGUCGGCGCCAACCCCGACGGCAACAACCCCACCGCCCCGUACCCCUGCCAGUUCUGCGAGAGGACGUUCCCGCGGCUGAGCUAUCUGAAGAAGCACGAGCAGAGCCAUGGGGAUCAAAUGCCGUACCGAUGCAGUUGGUGCGCCAGGUUGUUCAAGCACAAGCGUAGCCGCGACCGCCACCUGAAGCUGCACACCGGGGACAGACGAUAUCGCUGCACGCAUUGCGACGCUGCCUUUUCGCGAAGCGAUCACCUGAAAAUUCAUAUGAAAACGCACGACACCCAGAAGCCUUAUCAAUGCACGGCCUGCUCCAGAGGCUACAACACAGCUGCGGCUCUCACGUCGCACAUGCAGUCCCAUAAGAAGCACCAGUCGUCUUCGCAGUCGACUGGCAAGCUUCAGGACAUUGAUUAUGGCAGAAGGAGCGUCUCCUCGCACAGCACCUCGUCACCACCGGUACCAUCGUCACCAUCGCCAUCCCUGAAUCUUAGUCUGAAUCCGAAGAACGCCCUGAAGACGUCACAGGGCACUGGCAGCGCCUCCACCACGCCUAUCCUCAGCUCGCCCUUGAAACUCACCUGUAUGUACUGCACUCGGGUCUUCAGCUGCAUGCAGCAGCUGCAGAUCCAUGUGCACGCGAUGCAUCAGACGAUCCUGAGCGGCGCGGAGGGUCUGGCACGACCGGCGUCGCCGAGCAGAACACCAAGCGAACAACGGACGGUUCCAGGUUCACGCGAUAAGCCGCUGGACCGGAACCAGGAUUCAGGCACGAAGGACUUGCGGCAGGACCGAGGUGAGCGGCCCGCGAGCGAGCGCGAUCACUACGAGAACGCGUUCACGUGCAACCAGUGCACCAUGAAAUUUUCCUCGCUGACUUGUCUGCGCGAGCAUCUGUUGUCGAUACAUCGACUCGAUGGCUUCGGUGCAGCGAUGAUGAUGUGCCCGCUAUGCGGUGUCGCGUGCGCGUCCGCGGCUUCCUAUGCCGAGCACUACGUUCUUCAGCACUGCGAGAAUCGCCGACCGACGCCGGCGGCCGGCGUGGACUACGGAGAGACGAAGCUCAACGGCGUUUACGAUGGCGCCGCGACCAGGGAUGGUAGAUUGUCAAGGAGCCGAGACACGACCGCGGAAGCGGCUGAUCUCUCGAAUAAACGCUCGACCAGCAGAUCGGCCGCGGACACCACCAGUGGAGGGUACACUGCUGGUACCCUACUGUGUGCCCAAUGCGGGGCUGCGCUCAAGGACUUCGACUCUUUCCGCGAGCACGUCGCCCGGCAUCUUCAGGCCGACCACAUGCGGAACAAUCAGGAGGCGUCCAUAUCUCGGCAACAUUCGUGCCCCAAGUGCGACGCUGUCUUCGCGGAUCGCGAGGACAUGCUGGCCCACUUGACCAAACACUAUCUCGGCCAGAUCAGCAAGGAGUACGUGUGCAACGUGUGCAAGAAGUUCUACUCGCAUCCGGAUUUGCUGCAGAGACAUUUGCUAGAUGUGCACGCGCAUCAUCUGUAUCGCUGCGCGCUGUGUCGCGACACGUUCGACUCCCGCGUGGCGAUACAGGUGCACUUCGCGGUGAAGCACAGCCAGGAAUGCCAGGUCUACCGGUGCAGCGCUUGUACUCUAUCCAACAACGAGAACUCGCCGCCUGGCAGUAAUGCGACUGCCGGCGAUCACGGCAGGACCAUCUUCAGGAGCGAGGCUGAAAUGAUAGCACACGUGCGCAGCGUGCACGCACCACCCAUCGCCGCAUCCCUGGCGAACAGCAGCCCAGUAGGAGCUGCGAGGAGUCCGGCCUCAACACCCAGCGGUGGCGUUGCGCGUUGCGUCUUCUGCGGUAUCUGUUGUGGCUCGGAACUCGAGCUCCAGCUUCAUCUUGCCAGUCACUCGGCUAGUCUCUACAGAUGUCCGUUGUGCAGGGAGGCCUUUGCGGUGGAAUUUCUCUUGGAUCGACACAUCGCUCAGGCCCACCAGACACCGACCAUCAGGAGCAACUCGAGGGAGAACGGUCGCGUUCAUCGUCCAGCCAGGAAUCAGGAGGAGACAAAGUCUUUGAAGAGAGGCCGUUCACCAGCGUCGAGCAAUAACAAUUCCUUGAACCAGCGCGACAACAACAAACGCCCAGCCUACGGCAUUGCUAGCGGGCAGCAGUGCGAGCUGUGUGAGCGCGGUGAAUUUGCCAACGAGGCCGAGUUGCAGGCGCACAAGAAACUCGCCCACGCGUCCUCCAAGCUACCCGCCAAGGGGCUGUCCGCCCUGAACAUGACCUGUGCCUACUGCGGUGAGGUAUGCCGCUCGCGCGGCGAACUGGAUUCGCAUACCAGGAUCCAGCACGCGUCCAACGAACCUGGUGGUCGUCACAAGUGCAACAUAUGCGACGAAGUGUGUCCAUCCGGCGCGAGUCUGGCCGAGCACAAGCUACAAAGACACUGUAAGAUUCAGCUGAGUGACACGUGCGUGGUGUGUCGCGGUUGCCUCACUACGGAGAGUCAGUUUCUGGACCACGUGCAGAGACACAGUUUGGAGAACGUGGAUCCGCAGCAACGAUUGGACAACUCGCUGCCUCACCUGCCCGCACCCUGCGUCGUCUGUCGGCAAACGCUGAUCAGCGACCUGGAGUGUCGCUUGCACGCGCGACACCAUCUGAGAACAUCCACGGGAUCUUCGCGCAGCGCUGUCUCCAGCCCGGCCAGUCCGAAUAGCGGCAAAACCCAGAAUCAAGGUUGCUGCCUCUGCCUUCGUGACUUCGUAGCGGAGGAAUUCGUCAGCCUGCCGCCGAAUCCUGCCAGUACCAGCGGACAGCCGGUCAGGGUCUGCAAGUCCUGUUACAUGCGACACUCGCAGGGACUGCCGAUCUUAAACUCGGUGAAUUAUGAGCAGCGAGCAAAGUACGAGAUGACUUGGCUCGCGAGCAAGGACGGUCAGUGGGACAGUACGAAAGACAAAUGGGAACAUGAGAGAGGACUUAAGGUGGAGAAUCGAUCCAGGAACGAAAGUAACGCAGAUAAAAAACGGUGCGAGGAGUGUGGAGUAAAGUUCGAAGAUCCCGAAGAAGCAGAGAAGCACAGAAUCGCUGAACACGAGAAGGUUGGCGGUGGCAGCUCAAACACUUACGCCUGUAUUCAGUGCCAGAUAUCAUUUCCAACCGAAGCUGAGAUUCAGCAACACGUGAGGACGGAGCACCUGGAAGCGUCCGGAAAAGGAUCCCUGAAUGCUUUACAGUGCCACUUGUGCGUGUUCAAAGCUCCGAGUCCUCUGCAGCUGCAAAGUCAUUUAAUAGAGCAUACUUUCGCCGGUUGCACUGCUCUCAGUUGUUACAUCUGUCGAGCGUUCUUCACAACUUCCAGUAGUCUUCAGGAUCACAUGGUGCAGCAACACGGUCUGAGUGCACGACCAUACGAUUGCGCAAAGUGCAAUCUCAAGUUCUUCUUCAGAACGGAGCUGGAUCAUCACAUGUUGAUCUUCCACCAGUCGGAUGAGACCGUCUCGCUAACGGAGGAUACGCGCGAGACGAAGAAUCGUGAACCAGAAGAGAGCAACCACGACAGCGGUGUGAUAGUGAAGAAAGAAGUAAUACAAGACGGCGAAGAAGAAGGGGAGGAGGAGGAGGAAGUGAACGUGGACGAUCAAGUCGGACAAGAGGAACGCGAGAAAGCAGGAACGGAGGAGCAGAAACUGAAGGUGGAAGUGGACAGCGAGACCGCCUCCUGCCAGGAAUCGUGACUCUCUCCUUUGAUCGAUAAUAUGUUUCAUUCUGAUCUAAACUUAAUUAAUUGUUAGAAAUUUCCGGUCAAUUAUUAAGUUUGUCUCGACCCUUGGAGGUGAACGCUCCCACUCGAAUAUUCAUGUAAAUAUUCUUUGUAUUUUUCAUCAUAAUUUGCGUAUUUUGUUGCAUGAGUUUUGUAGUUUGUUCUCGUAUAUGAAAGCUCGCGGCAUCGAAUUAAAAUAAUGAGUUGUCGGCGCGUCGCGAAAGUACGGAAUUAAAUACUACCUAAAGCCAACUGGCUGUUAUAAUGAAGGCUUCGAUGUGAAUCGAUCCAUAAAAUCACUGCGUUAUUGUACUAUUACACUAUCAUGUUAUUGUUAUGUACUAUUAAUAUCCUCUAGAUUUUAAUAUCCAUGUAUUACGUUCUUUCAUUCCUUCCUAUAAAUACAUAAGCAAGAAAAACAUUGAUUA